UACAGCCCCAUCACACUUGCCCGCCUUCCUGCCUACCAGGAAUACUGUCUCGUACCACACCUCCUUAAAAGGACUCCCGUACGCAAACUUGACCCACGGUCCCAGAAGACAGGCAACCCCAGGAGCCUGCCAACACUAACCGGUCGAUACCAGCAGUGCCCCCUUUAAAUCUGUUGCGGUAAUAGAUUUAUGCAGAGACCGUUGUCGGGAUGGCGGGGCGUGGGUUCAUGCAGUGGGCGGCGAAUUGCCGCACCGUUCGGUUGGAUGUUGGGCUCGCUACCAGCGAGAUCAUCGUACUUGGGCAGACUCUAUGUACAGACCUUAGCAGUUUCUCCCCUACCGAGGCCGAGGCAUUCUACAUUGUUGUCGGCGACAGUGGACGAGAAUUGACCCUUGACCUUACAAAGACGGCACCUGUCAGUUUAGAGAGCAUCACCCCGGAGGGUACGGUGACGUUUCACACGGUGGUUGGUCAUGAAGGUGACAUCACGGUCAGCGCCAAGAACGAGUCCCCCGAGGGGAUGGGCAGCAAUGGUGGGGUCACCAAGAUGGUGGCCUACAUUUCUGUUGCCACUCCCAGCUCCAAGAUCGAUGACAAGGAGGUGAACUUUCUCUUUGUGGACAAGAGCGGAGACACCAUCGGCGUGGCCACACUGCGCAUGACAGCUUUUUACGUGUCGCUUGACGUGGACUGUGACAGGGAUGGAGUCGUGGAGAAAAACAACCCAAAUAAGGCAUCCUGGAAGUGGGGUCCAGACGGACACGGCGCGAUACUCCUGGUCAAUAACGACUGUGAUGACUACCUGCUGGAGAUGGACCCUGAACACAAGAACAGCAAGAUAGAUGGGCCAUUUGACCUGGAGGACAUGAGUAGGAUGUCCGUGCGUGUCAGAGGACCGGACACGCUGCCUGAGGACUGUAAGCUGCGCAUGUGGGUCCGGCCUGACGACAAGGAGCGUCUGGGGAUCUUCAACCUCAGCGACAUACAAAAGCUGAGGGCAAGUGGAGUAGUGUUGGACGAGCUGGGUAACAGACACAUUAUCGGCCCUAAGGCGGGCCACCUGGCGCAGAUCUCGUACGACCUGAUGAUGGCCGGGGGUACGGGUGAGGGAGAGACGCUGUUCGCGGUGGAGGGGCUGAAAUACCCGGACAGGGACUUCAACGGAACCCUGCGGAUUCACCUCAGUCUGCUGAAGAACGCCGCAGUCCCAGUGUUUGAAGACACAGUGAUGUUCCGGUUGGCACCUUGGAUCAUGACCCCGAACACUCUGGAGCCCGUAGAAGCCUUCACCUGCCAGAUGAAGAAGAAAGAAAACAUCGACUUCGUCAAUGACUUUACAAAAGUGGUGGAAGCGGCCGGCAUAAAGUUGAACAUCGUGCUGCCAUACGAGAACAGGGGAGACCGUUGGAUGCAGGAUGAGAUCGAGCUCGGGUACUCGGAACUUCCCGGAAAGAAGCCGAUGCCUGUCGUUCUGGACUCGCCACGUGACCGCGGGCUGCAGAAGUUCCCCAAGGGGAAGCUGCUGGGCCCAGAUUUCGGGUACGUUACCAGGUAUGACCAGAACGAGUACGUAAACUCACUGGACUCCUUCGGCAACCUGGAGGUCAGCCCUCCGGUCAAAGUCGACGGAAGGACGUACCCGAUGGGGAGGAUCCUGCUGGGGUCUGCUUUUCCUACUACCAAGUACGGCCGCCGGAUGAUGCGCGUGGUCCGUGACUUCCUGUACGCCCAGCAGGUGCAGCCCCCCGUGGAGCUCUUCUCUGAUUGGCUGGCCGUCGGCCAUAUUGAUGAGUUCAUGUCCUUCGUACCGGCGGCUGGUGGAAAGGGAUUCCGUCUCUUGCUGGCCAGCCCUGCUGCCUGCUACAAUCUUCUGCGCAAGCUCAAGGAUCAGGGUCAUGGUGACGUGUUGUGCUUUGAGGGGAGGACCAGGCAUGGCGAAAGCGCAGAAAAGAGCAUCAGUGACCUUCUAGAUGAUGCCGAUCUCAAGGCUGAAAGUAUGCAGUGCCAGAACGACAUCGACUGGAACCGAGACGUGAUGAAACGGGAGCUGGGAUUGGAUGAAGGUGACAUCAUCGAUCUCCCACAGCUGUUCCAGCUUGAGGAGGGGUCUGGAGCGGGUGCGUACUUUCCCGACAUGGUCAACAUGAUCGUUCUCGGCAAGCACCUCGGGAUCCCGAAGCCGUUUGGCCCUAUGAUCGACGGUGAAUGCGCCAUCGAGACGAACGUUCGGUCCCUCCUGGAGCCGCUCGGACUCACGUGCAACUUCGUCAACGACUGGGACUCCUACCACCUCCUGAUGGGCGAGGUGCAUUGUGGGAGCAACACUCGGCGAAAACCGUUUGAUUUCAAAUGGUGGAAUAUGUCGUUUUAGGGGGAAAAGCUCUACAUCAUAAAGCAGUAAAGUUGGUUUAUCACUGGGCUACGUGACGUGUUCAUCCUCGCUGUGACCAAGCGAUUUGGCAGAGCAAUCGACAAAAAACGAAUCCUUCUACACUUUUGUGUGUUUUGUUGUCUUUUUAGUAAUUCUGGUACGUUUGUCAUGAUAUCUUCAUUAUGAAGUCAAGGGUAACACAAGUCCAAUGUAGGACACAGCGAGGCCACCAAUGUUCCGCAGUCCAAUUAAGUACCGUCUGUUUGAAGUUUGCUGUGUGCCUUUAGCCAAAGAAAGCUUAAAGUACUUUAAAGUUGAUAGACUAAUAGGGGAUGCUUUAGUAACAUCAUACUUAUAUUGUUGUAAUAUUACCAUUCCAAAACAAUACUUUAGGUCAGACAGAAUGUGACAUGUUUACAGUUUAGCUCCCUCAUCUUCAAAAUAUGCUUUGCAAGAACAAUUUAGAUUUAAAGCCAAAUCCAAGUGCCAUGCCUUGAUAACGAAUCCAAUGACCAAGUAUUUAGUUAAUACAUAUAAACAGUACUGAUUACGCAGUUUUAUUAGCUUUUUUGCUACCUUUGGUGAUAACAAGUAUUGUCUAUUCAGUCAUCGUAUUAUUAAAGGCUAGGAAUAAGUGACAGAAGUAAACCAACAUUAUGCUUCGUAACUGCUUGAAAGAAUUUGAUAAUAGGAUUUUUCUGCUUGUAUCGGUGAUUUUGAGGACCAGCGUUUUUGUUGUUGUUUUGUUUAUCAUUCUCCUCAUUUGUUGGUAAGACCACACUUUGUUUUACUGGUAUCUGGACUUCUCUUAUUACUUUUAUGGCAUUAAGGAUGACAAAACAUUAAGGAUUACUGGCUAUAUCUAUCUGUGUUUGAUUUGUUAAUCAACACCGCUAAGGUCCAUGUCUAUGCUGCUCGAAUCAUUGUUAUCUCAAAAUCCAUAUCCAGUAUCUUACUAUUGCACGACAAAGAAGAGAAAACUCAGAAGAAAAGUCAUUUAUUCACAUGAUAUAUAAUGGCACCAACGUUUUUCAUUAUAAAUGUUUCAUUGAACUUAUUUAGUAUACUCAUAUCGUUAACAGUGUGAUACUAUUUUUUCUCGAUAACAUUAUCAAGUUAGAACUAGCCAGCGUGGUUUUCAGGAAUACGAUAAAGUGCAUCAGACAAUUGACGUGGUAACAUUCGUCUUAAAAAAACUGUUAUGCCCUAGGAUAUCUCACCGUCGAAAAGCUCUACAGAAACAUUCUUCUAUGGGCUGAUGAAUUUUGUAUGACACACUGUCACUGUUUCAAGGAUGUCGCAAAACUAUCGUAGGACCCGUGGAACCGGGUCUUAACGGGAAAAAAAGGAUAAUUCACCGCUUAUGUAGAGUUCUGUAGAGUGGUCUUGAGGCAAGCUAGCGUGAAAUGGGUAAAAUUGGUUAUGUUAGAGGUAGAAAAAGGGGUGAAAAUAAAACAUUGAGCA